AUGACUCGGCAUGGUCGCUCUGCUUUCAACCUAUCUCUGCCUUUGUGGGCUACGCUAGAAAUCGCCUGGGAAAAGACCUCUUAUAGGGACCGCAGCGGCACAGACUCAAGUUUCACGCAGCUGACCUUGUCAACCGAUGAGGGCUUGGACAAGCGUGGAAGUUUACUGACGACGGACGAGGAUCCCAACGGCGAAAAGUGGUGA